GGGGCGCCUCCGACACACCCAGUUGAGGUUCCCCUAUCCCACAAAGCGCCGGCCGUCUGAAUGCAGUGCAAGUGCUGUUAGCUGCGCUGCCAUCUGAUUUGUGGAUACAAACGCUACCCUGGCUGCAGUGCACAGUUCGUCCCCCGCCGCAACGCCGACCUCCUCUGGGGAAGUUUCCAUUCGGAACUGAAUGAGCGACUUUGUGGCAGCGGCCGAGAGAUUUCAUGUGCUGUUGCAAUGUGCUGUUUAACGAAGUCGCGUUGUUUUUUCUUUCUCAGAUGCCUGUAGGGCGUCUGUGUGAUUUUAUUUUUUGUAGGAAUCCGAUGGUGACUGUUUUAAUGUUUGCUGGAGCUUCCUAUUCCGAGUUCCUGCUUCUGUGCUUUCGGGCUUUGCAACUUCAUUAAUUGCAGGAUAAUGAAGCCGUGGCGGACUGUUGCUGUUUGCGAGAGCGUUUGCCCCAGGCUGUGGAAUUUCAUGGUCUUUGUAGCAGUGUUUCUGACCAUGAACGAUCCGGGAGUUGUGCAAAGUGAAGAGAAAUCGUGCCAAGGAGCGUUUGAUCUUUACUUUGUACUUGACAGAUCCGGGAGUGUGGCUAAAAACUGGGGUGAAAUCUAUGAUUUUGUGGAAACACUGGUCCAACGAUUCGUCAGUCCGCAAAUGAGAUUAUCUUUCAUCGUGUUUUCGUCCCGUGCUGAUGUGAAGAUGCCAAUAACCGGUGACAGGAAUCUGAUCAAAAAUGGUCUCAAUGAUCUCAAACAAGUAACUCCAGUGGGUGAUACCUACAUGCAUUUGGGGAUAAAAAGGGCUAAUGAGCAAAUAAUGAAACAGAAAGGUCUGAAGACUGCAAGUGCUAUUAUUGUUCUAACCGAUGGGGAACUGAAGGAAAUGGUGUUGGAUUACACAAUUAAAGAGGCUGAAGAAGCAAGGAAGCUCGGAGCAAUCAUUUAUUGUGUUGGAGUCAAAGAUUUUAAGGAGCAGCAGCUGGAAGAUGUUGCAGAUUCCCCGAAUCAUGUCUUCCCUGUUAAUGGAGGAUUUCAUGCUUUAAAGGGCAUAAUUGAUUUGAUAUUAAAGAAAUCAUGUACUGAAAUUUUGUCUGUGGAGCCAUCAUCUGCAUGUGUUGGACAAAAAUUUGAGAUUGUGCUGAGGGGAAAUGGCUUUAGGGCAGGCAGAAGAACAGAUUUGAUUGUAUGCAGCUAUUACAUAAAUGCUUCCACCAUUAUAAAUGAGAGAAGUAUCAACGUGCAGGAUAAUUACCUGCUGUGCCCAGCACCCAUGCUGCAAGAAGUGGGGCAAACAAUGGAUGUAUCAGUGAGUUUGAAUGAUGGACAGUCAUUCAUCUCUAGUUCAGUUACCAUCACUGCCACAGCUUGUUCUGACGGAACAGCUGUAUUCCUUGCCAUAUUCAGCUUAUUGCUGCUGUUGGGACUAGCACUCCUCUGGUGGUUCUGGCCUCUCUGCUGCAAAGUGGUCAUAAAAGAUCCUCCUCCUCCUCCACCUCCUCCAAAAGAGGAAAUUAUACCAGACCCAGAACGAAAAAAGAAGUGGCCAACUGUUGAUGCAUCAUACUAUGGUGGUAGAGGUGUUGGUGGAAUAAAAAGAAUGGAGGUCAGGUGGGGAGAUAAGGGAUCCACUGAAGAAGGAGCAAGGUUAGAAAUGGCCAAGAAUGCUGUUGUUACUGUGCCAGGGUUUGAAGAGGAACCUCUUGCUCCUAGGCGGCCUAACUCUUCCACUUCAGCUCAAACUCCUCCAAAGUGGUACGAUCCAAUUAAGGGCAGGCUUGAUGCAUUGUGGGCACUGUUGAGACGGCAGUAUGAUCGAGUUUCUUUGAUGCGACCACAAAACGGCGAUGAGGGUCGCUGUAUUAACUUCAGCCGAGUCCAGGCACAGUAAACAUUAUGAAGCUAGAGCUGCUUAAUUUUCUCUACUGCGUACUGAGGAAUGGUGGAGCAUUUUCUACUUCCAAUGGAUAUCAGUGGCCUUCCAUUAAAAAGAUGGGGAGAAAACAACAACUUCCCAGUGCAUUUUGUUAACUCUUGUCAUAGAACUACAGCAAGACCAAUGUGUCAAGACAUUUGCAAAGAAAACUUAUCAGCUGAGUUACUUUUCUGAUCACCAGUCCUUAGUAAUGCCAGCACAACAGAAACAAAACAUGAGCACCCUACCUACUCCCCACUGAAAAUCCAUUGAUUCUUGGCAGUUGAAGUCACUUUGACAUUUUUUUCCAGUCUGAAUGUAGUUUGACCAUAAUAUGCUGUUUCGGAUAAUCAAAUUUUAUAGACAGAGUGUAUUGUCAAAAUAGAACCUAUUAGCCACAGGCAGAGCAGCAAUCUCACCAGACCUACCCGGUGCAUAAGUUCAUUGCCUUUCGGCGAUGUCACAUCACAAGAUCUUUCCAACUUCACCACUUUACAAUGCCUUACGGGAGCCGUCUGACUGAAAAUCUUGUCAUUUUCCACUGAAAAGUGCACACGCAUGACAAAAUGUAGACAGGAUGCCUCAAGGUAUGGGAAUGAGCUAGACUUUGCCCUUUAGUUUUUGAAGACACCUUUCUUUCAUUAUGUACUGAGAAAGAAAAUUAAUAGAGCGUUAUCUUACUGCAACACAGCCUACAACCAAAGAUCUUCUGCAGAAAUUGAGACAUUGGUGCUCUGAGGCUUGUUGUGGUGGCUGGUGCUUUGCAAUUGCUCUAAUCCUGUGUUCAGUAGCGCAUAACCCAUCAUCAUAUUAAAGCAUACUCAUUGAUCUGCUUAUUUCUAUUAAACAAAUACAUAAGAGAAAAUAGAGCAAUCCUGUUACAAACCAAGGUUGUAUACGCUGGUAUUCCCUCAUUCUUCAAAUCUCCAAGGACUUUGCAGUGUCACAAGCCAGCAACUCUCCUUGCAUGAGAAUUUCAAAGUUUAAUUAAUAUAAUUAAAGGCAACAGCAAGCAGCAGCCUGUGAAGAUAUUCCUCAUCUUUUUUAUGCUUUUUGACAUUGAAUGACCUAUUGCUAUCUAGGCUUUGCUUAGAUUUUUAAAAUGUACUUUGCAUUGGUUAGGUGUGAAAGAGGAAAAAGUGCCCUUGUUUGUAACCAAACAAUCAAGUUAUGUUUUCCUUUUGCAGCCCCUUUUCCAAAUGUUGAGGAAAAACAUAUUUAAUGAUUUUUUUUUUCCCCAACCGCUUUGUCAAGACAACGAUCCCAAAUGAUGCCAGUAUGAGCGGAAACACUGUGGGGGAGAAGAAGGCAGCAGCUGAAAAAAGCUCGAAUGAUGCAGUCACUUUCGAUACUGUACAUGAAAUGCAAAAUGGAUAUUCGAGUCGAAACCUGACAAAGCGCGCCUGCUUUGAUGUGAACUGGUAUAGACAAUGACCAGUGGCUGGGUCAGUGGGAUGUCUCUCUGCAAGCAGGGAAGCUUAUCAAAUGACACUAAAAAUAAGUUCAACAACCAUCACAUCUGAGAGAACAGGCGAACAUUUCACAUUUGGUGGGCAAGCAAGUGCGCGAGAUGGGAAGAGCGAUAGUGAAUAGUCCUGGUCUAAUUAUGCUUUUGAGCUGCUCAUCAAAAUCACAUGGGACAUGAGUAUUUCCUUUGGUUUACAUGCAAAAUUUAUGAUGUUGCCAAAAGCAGCUCUUGCUUAAUCUAUUGCUCAUUAUUAUUUACAGUAAUGGCAAGAUUGUAAGUACAGCCUUUUGGCACAUUGCAAAAUAAAUUUAACUAGACUUAUUAAAUUUGCAUGAUUUUUAUAAGAAGAUUUUUAAAAAAUGAAGCUUUUCAGAAUCUGUGGAGUUGGAUUCACUAUCUGCAUUUUUAAUUGAGAAAUUACACUAUUUUCCAGAGUCCCCCCAUUAAAGGAGAACUGUCUCCAUUUAGCCAAAACUUUGUGCACACUUGCGCUUACACCAAUUUAGAAUGAAAUGAACCAGUUUAUUGUUGCACAGAUCUGUAUUAUCAUUAGAAAUCUGUCUUCAGAAGUUGCUUCAAAUAUCCAAGUGUUAAUUUUCUUAAUGUGUAUGUAAGUAAACUUAAAGCAAAUCAGUCUCGACUGAAGCCUAUUUGCUUGCCACAUUGCUGGAUACAAUAUAGUGCAUUGUGCAAACUCAGAAUAUGAACAAAUAUAAAAAUUGAUUUAAAGUCUUUGUGAAUAAAAUAUAUGCCUUGUUAUAAUCCUUUGUAAUGUCAAUUUAUCGCAUGAUCAAAAAUGAUUUAAAAUACGAUUCCAAUCUAUUUGUACAUAUAUGUGAAAUGGUACUGCGUAAUGCCUAAUCAGGAAACUUUUAAAGUUAAGUAGAUUUAUCAUAGAUUCACUGUACAGUAUUACACAAAAUGUUAUUUUGACUAUCAAACAUCCCUUCAAAAACCUUGAGGAGUAAUUUAUUUAUUUAAAUUUUUUUACAGCAGUACCAACAAUUAAUUUAUAAUAUUGCUCUGUAACAUUUUAAGCAAGAUGAUAUCCCAUCAUAGCAAACUCAUCAAAGUGUAUGGAUGUAAAAAUCAUACGGAAAAGAAAAUAUAAAGCUGAAUAACAAUUGGGAAAUAGAAAAGUAAAAUAAUACACAUGUUGUUAGGUUUUAUGUAUUUGUCAUACAUUUACAAAUUACGAAAUACAUGUUUAUCCAUAUUCCCAAGUUUAAUUUGGUACAGUAUAUUAAAAGAAUAUAUUCAAUAGAUACAGUUAUAAUUAUAUGAGUAAUUUCUGUCUGAUCUUUUUGUUUAGAUUGAAUGUUCAAAUCCUUUGCAAACAAGAGAAAUCUUUAUAACAAUAAAAAACGUAUGUGAUCACACUAGU